CGCGACAUAAUAUUUAGGAAUUCGACUUCCUGGAAUUUGAUCUGUUUUGGCUUUUUUCUGAAUCUAAAGUGACGAUGGGGAAUAUAUACACAACAGGGCCGAACGAAGCGCUAGUUAUUUCAGGUGGUUGCUGUGGUGCUGAAGCCAGGAAGUACGUCAUUGGUGGCUGGGGAUGGGCGUGGUGGCUUGUAACAGAUACUCAAAAGAUUUCCCUGGAGGUGAUGACACUGAAUCCACUGUGUGAGUCGGUGGAGACGUCGGAGGGUGUUCCCAUCACGGUCACGGGGGUGGCACAGUGUAAGAUCAUGCGAGAACCAGAUUUGCUCAAGACGGCCUGUGAACAAUUUCUCGGCAAAUCAACCACCCACAUUGAGCAAGUUGUUUUGCAGACCCUUGAGGGUCAUCUAAGGUCUAUUCUUGGAAGUUUAAGUGUAGAGGCUAUCUACCAAGACCGUGACCAGUUUGCCCAGUUAGUGCGCGAGGUUGCCUCCCCUGAUGUUGGUAAGAUGGGAAUAGAAAUUCUUAGUUUUACAAUCAAGGACAUUGUUGACAGUGUGGAGUAUUUGGCUUCUCUCGGACGAGCCCAGACCGCCAAUGUGAAACGAGACGCUGAUAUUGGGGUCGCAGAAGCACACAGAGAUGCUGGUAUCAGGGAGGCAGAAUGUGAGAAGGCCAGAAUGGAUGCUAAAUACAUCGCAGACACAAAGAUAGCCGAUUCCUCCCGAGCGUACCUUAUGCAGAAGAGUUCAUUUGAUAUGGAAGUCAAUGCAAGGAAAGCAGAGGCCGAGUUGGCCUAUGAACUGCAGGGAGCUAAAGAGAAACAAAAGAUUCGUAGUGAGGAGAUUGAAAUUGAGGUCGUCGAGCGCCGCAAGCAGAUCGAUGUGGAAGAGAAAGAAAUCUUGAGGAAAGAGAAGGAAUUGAUUGCCACUGUAAAACGACCGACUGAAGCCGCAGCGUACAAGAUGGGCCAGUUAGCCGAGGGUCAGAGAACUCAAACUGUGGAGUCUGCCCGGGCUGAAGCUGAGAAGAUUAAACUGUUAGGUGGAGCCGAGGCCGAUGCCAUCGAAGCUGUUGGUAAGGCCGAGGCUGAGAUGAUGAGGCUGAAGGCUUCGGCGUACAAGCAGUACGGUGACGCCGCCAUGUUGAGUCUUGUCCUGGAGACGCUGCCUAAGAUUGCGGCUGAAGUGUCGGCCCCACUGUCUAAGACAGACGAGAUUGUGUUGGUGGGCGAUGACCGGACAACAGCCGAGGUCAGCCGAUUGGUCAGUCAGCUUCCUCCAGCAGUCCAGGCUCUUACAGGCAUUGACCUGUCAAAGGUGAUGGGAAAAAUUCCUGGUGCCACAUCAAGUUCGUAAAAAAUCCUCAACAUAGAUUAGCAAGUGCCGCAAGAUCAUGCAGUCUUUGAAGUGGAUUUGAUAUGUUACAUUUCGACAUGUGUAUCAAUAUUGCUCUUCUUUAUUACUUUUUUUUCUUUUUAAAUUAGAUAAACAUGUGCUUUUAAAACUCUUUUGAAAGGAAACAAAAUCCCAAACAAAAUUUGUGAGCUUGUUUCAGAGAGCUUGAUUAAAAUCUAACAAUUUAAAAAACAAAAAAAUAAACAUAAGAAGAAGAAAAAAGAAGAAGAAAAAAGAAGAAGAAAAAAAAAAAAAGCCAGCAUCCAGUAGGCUAAAGAGAACUUGACAUUUCACCUUUCAUUGUAAAAGUGUUAAACACACAUUCUAUGAAUUGUGUUAUUACUAGAGCAAUGCCUUUAAAUAUACAGUAUAUACAUUUGAUUAAUUUUAUAUUUGUUUAUUCAUUCUCAUACUAUUCCUCAUCUUUAAGUCAUUUUGCCACAAACACAGCAACAACAAUUGUACAAAGUCCGCUAGAGACCUACAGGAUAUUGCCAAACUAAUUCAGUAUGUUGACCAAUACGUGCAUUGGAUUUACCAUUUUAGAAACAAAUUAAUACUUUUGUUCUUAUUAGUGUUGAUAUCAGUCUGUGUUGGUCUUCUUUAUUAGCUUUACUGUUAUCCAAACAACAUUUUGUAGGCACCUAGUGUUUUAACUUUCCCCCUAUUUGAUUUUAAUGGGAAAACAACACUAGGAUAAAACUUACUUGACAAAACAUUUCAUCAGUUCUCUUCAAUGAAAACUUUGUCCAUUUAUGAUGUAGAUGCAUAACUGUCUACUAUUAGUUAUAUAUAUGUGUUGUCACACAGAUAAAAUCCAGUUACAUUUAUUUCUAGAAGUUAAUGUAGUCAUUUAUAUUAAUUUUACAAAUUUAUUUCCCAUGAAAGAUUGUUGUUGUAUCGUUUGUGAUGUAUAAUGUUAUAUGUUAUAAAUAAUCCUUUGUAAUAUUGUUUUCAUAACACAUCUUUGGAGUAUUUUAAUUUUUUGGAAUGAUUUUAUUGUAACUUUGCUGACUAUAAUAGCGACUUGAUAUUAUUUUUAUGUAUAAACACAUAGAUCACAAAUUUAUUAUUAAUUUUCUGUUGUACGACGAUUAAUGCCGAGAUUCUGACAUAUAUUUCGGUCUAGUUUCAUGUGAGAUUUUUCUUUCAAAGUUACUUUUUCCACAGGUGGUAACAUAUCUUUACUUUCAUAAUAUCCAUUUUGUGGCUCAGAAAUACUUUAAUAACAGUUUUCUGUUGAAAAUAUUCUGUCUCCUAUUCUAGUUUUAUUUCAUUUUUAAUUUGUCUUUUCUAUUUCUGGAACUCUUGUCUUGACACUGUUCAUGAACAAUGGUGUUUAUUUUUCACAUCUUUCUUAGAUACUAUUAUAAUUUUUAUUUAUUAAUUAUUUUUUUGAGAGGGCAGCCGAGCCAUUUUGCAAUUAACUGCUAUCUCUUGGUCUUAGUGGACAGUUUAGAGUUUGUGUUUCUUCAAGUUUUGCCCGAUAGCCGAUACAUUAGAGUCUGUGGGGUGUACUACUGUUCUACAUGCACUUGCACUCCAACAAACACACCCACACCCACUCUCACCCUCACACAUAUACACCAGUGUGUGCGUGCGCAUGCACACACACACACACACACACACAAAUACACUAGUGCGUGCACAUACACACACACAAACAAACAAACAAACAAACAACACACAUAGUGUUAAGCAGUUUCAGUAAUAAAGAAAUCCUCCUAUCUUGUGAACAUUUGGGGAUGUGCACAGUGUCUGGGAGAAGACAUGUUGGUUGUUUUAGGAUCUUCACAUUCUAUAACAAGUACUAAUUUAAAAGUAAAAUCGUUACAAAUUACAGAUCAAGUAUAUCCACAGGGAAAACUGACCAGGCUUUAACUAAUUUUUUACUUUACUUUUUUUUUUUUUUAAUAUCUCAAAAACCUGUCUCUAGUCAUCAGUAUGUUAUUGUACCUCACAUCUGUUUUUAAAAGUAGACGAAUUAUAAGAAAAAAAUCUUUAAAGUUAUAUAUUUGUGUUGAUUGAAACGUAGUUGUUAGACAUACAUUCCUGUUAUAACACCGAUUUUCCCUUGUUUGUUUAAUUACUUGGUUGUGUUAGUAUUGAAAUGUCAUCGUGGCCUUACUAGGUAGUCUAGUAAUCGACUUGCUCAUUGCAUUGCGUUGUUUGUUUUCUCAUACAUCUAUCAUGACUUUGGCUCUCAACUGUUGUACAGCUUUAAACUAUUAUUAAACUUCAAAAAGACAAAUUGUUCAACAGGUUAUCACACCAAGAUUUAUCGUAUAGUACAUAUAUACUAUUUCGAAAUGUAUGGAAUCAUACGUUUUUCAAAAAAAAAUUGUGUUCUUGUAUGAACACGGACACGUGACAAUAUUUAUUUUGUUGAUAAUAUUUUAUAUUAUGUUCAUAUUAUACUAGGAUGUUUAGUAGUAAGUAAGUAAAUAAAUUAAGUUAUAAUUUUUAGUACAUCUAAUAGUAGGUAUUUAAAUAUUGUCAUGUCAAUACGUCAGUUGCCUCUGUCAUGAAUCACACUGUGGACAUGAGAAGAGGUAUGCAAUGAUACAUUAGGGCAUAAAAUAUUCACGCUGUAGUGUAAUAUUGCAGCAGAAAUACUGGGAACCGAUUAUUUAUUCAGUUUGAACAUUAUGGUUAGGGUUACUGUUACUUUGAGACUAAUAUUCUCUAGUACCUUAUAUUCUUGAGAUGGAACAUAUGUCCACACAGGCUCAAUUUACGAUCACAGACACAUGUAGCUGAUGGAGGUUUCACCAUGAUGCCAAUAUCAUGCUCAUAAAUUGCGGUAUGACCAGUGUUGAGUGCGUACAAUACCAGACAUUUCUAAGAUUUCAACUGGCCUCAAUGGCUGGCAGGUACUGUGAAAUCUCAGUGUUCUGGCAGGUACUGUGAAAUCUCAAUGUUCUGCUUGUCAGUUUGUUAUAAAGUUGUUAAGACAUACUGUACACUUGUGGAACAAGUAUAGUGUUGUGCAAUAUUUUAAGUGUUUUGUUUUUUCCUGGGGGCAUUUAUCAUAAUUCUAACCACAUUUGUGUGAAAUGUGUUUCACCAUCAAUCAUGUACUGUAUUGUUUAUUAGGUAAUGUUUCACUUUGUAGAAUAGUUUCAUUAUAGCACUGUGUAUGUUAGUUUUCAGCUGUUCUAGCAUGGAUCACAUUCAGAUUGGGGAAUGGCAAAUCUCUUUUUAAAUAUAAUUUUCAUUUAAACAAUGUGGGCCGAAUUUACAAAGACUGUUUAUGUUUUACAUGCAUGUAACUGCAUUCAUUUACAAUGCUUAAACACCUGUGUUUAAGAAAAACAGGCUCUGUAAAAUCGGACCAUUAUUUGUAAGGUAAAAUAUGACGCAGACCUACCAGGCAUGAAAUUAAAAGGAAUUACAGUGCCUCCUGCCCAUCCCCACCCCCACCCAUACUGUGAUCAAUUCUGGAACAUCUCUUAAUUGUUAGCAGUCAAUGUUGUUAGUAAUACACAUUAAUCAUUUGUGAAAUUUGUGAUGUAAAGUUGAGAACAUUAAUGGAAAUGCUAUAAUAAUUGGGGUACAGUUACAGCAGAACAGCAUCACAGGAAUGUUCAGGAGGGCGAGAGGUUGCUCACUAGACUGGUUUUUGCACCUAACAUUAGAUGACUGUGACAUGAUAGAAGACGAUGGUACCAUAAUUAACAAGUCACAUGAUUAACACAUAUUUGUUAUAACUAACAUUUACAGUUUUGUCAAUUCUUUAACAUAUCUAUGAUGUUCUGUUAUUUCCAUUCAGAACAUAUAUGUCUGUCCGUAUUGAAGCCACAAAUAAUUUUUAAAAACAUCAACCACGCUCAUAGGGCAGCACUUUGUACAACUGAAAAAUAAACCAAGGAGUUGGCAAUACACUUUGCUGCAUACCUUUUAACAAAGGUGUCAUUAAAACAACAUGCCCCAAACGUAUAAAAUGUUUAGGGCCGAAUUUAGAAUGUCUGUUUUUCUUAAAUAAAUGCAGGUUUAAGCUUAGUAAAUGAACGUAGUUACACGUGUGUAAGUCUAAAUCAGGCUUUGUAAAUUUGGCUCAUAGAGUCAAGACCGAAGACUGUAAUGUAGUCUGAAACUUUUAACAUCAUUAAAACACCACACAUAUUGCUUACAUGUGAUGUCAUUAAAUAUUUAAGUCUAGAUUAAAGUUUUAUAAGCUUUGAUGUGGGAAAGAGGUGGACAGGGUUAUGACUAUUUUAAUGGAGAGGUGGACUGAUUCACAAAAGGCUGUGGUAAUAGUAUUCUGUUCUGUUCUGUCUAUGGGAAAAUUAACAUAAAAAGAUUCCUUUCUACUGUUUGGUAGGAGAUGCCCAAGUGGAAGCCAUGGGUUUCCUCUCACAUUCUAAACUGUCAAAAUAACCAGAUGUUUGGACACCAUAUAGCCUUUAUUUAAAAUGUACUGAGAUGUUAAAAAUAAUUAUUUUCCUUUCCCUUAUUGUAAGUUGGAUGGGGGUAAAGGUGGGGCAUGAGCAUUAUUAUUUGUUUGCGUAGGAAUGGGUGGGUUUUAAAGUUCUGUUGGGGUGGGGUGGGGGGAGAGAUUCAGCAAUACUUGAAUAGCUCCAAAUUUGUGUUAUUUACAAAUCCAAUCAAAACCAUGUCAGUUUUAUUUAGGGUGAAAAAGUUAAGCUAUGUAGUCAGAGGUGUGGUAGAAUGCAGGGCUAUAUCUGGUCUAAAAUAAAGUGUGGGGGUGAGGGGAAUGAACAUUUCAGGUAACAGUAAUUUAGUCUACAACUAGAAACAAGUGCACUUUUUUGGCAUUUUUCUGGUAGAGCAGCUGCCCUCACCCUUUGCCAGUUAUGGCCCUGGAAUGAAGAUAAGUCCUCUGUACAUAACAGCUGUAUAUUGUGCAGUCUUAAUACUCGAAUGUUGUAUAAACUUUAUCACGUCACACAUCUUAAUCAUUAUUGAUUGCUCAUUGAUUUACUCAUAUAUCAUACUGUUGUUUUUAAUGUAUACGUGUUUUCAUUGUGAGCUCUCUUUUUAAUAGAUUUUUAUCUUACCGUGUAACCAAAAAAAUAAAGUCUUUGUGUACUA